AUGCUUUUCAAGCCGCUCGCCCUUGCAGCGACCGCCGCUGCUGUCCUCAUCGUCCCAGAGACUUCUGACAAGGACGACAGCAUCUUCCGCACUCUUCCCAUCGAGGUCGACACUUUUGAGAUCCCCGAGACCGCCUAUGGUCAAGUCGUAGACGUCCCUUGCCUCCAGUGCCGCGGCCAUGAUAGCCAACUCGAACUCAAUUUCGGCAUUCAAGACCGUCGUCUGGUAUUAAACGGCUUCGAACUCUAUCCUCACGCCGACCCUUGGAACGGAGACCUGUCAGCAGCUGUUAUCAAGGCCAAUGGCAAGAGCGAUAUGCGUCGACUGGGAUAUGGCUUGGCUAUUCGUCCUGAAGGAGUCGAUAAGGAUCAACAUCUCGAGGUUGUCAACGUCGAAGUCAGGAUCAUCGAAGUCGGCGACCGUUUUGUCGACGGCGUCCCUCCUGUCACAGUAAAGCUCAUCAAGGCUCCUGUUGGCGAGAUCAUCAUCGGAAGCAUCGAGGUCAAGGGUGAUGGCGAGAAGGCACCAGAGGACUGUGAUAUGUGGUGCCGCGCCAAGGGCAUGGUCCACGAUACCUGGAAAAAUGUCAGCAAGUUCAAGGGUAAGGGCUGCCACGGAAUGAAGGGUAAGGGUAAGGGCCAUGGUCACGGUCGCAAGCCCCAUCACGGUCAUGGUAAGGGUGAGAACAAGCCUACCGACAACUUCAAGCACGGUCCUCUCGUCAACAAGGCCCCCGAGCAGUCGUGGAGUGAUGUUUUUACACACGUCACGGCAUAUAUUAUCAUCCCUGUCCUUAUGGGUGUUGCUGCCGGUGUCGGAGUUGCAUUUUUCACCAUGUUCCUUUGUGCCAUGGUUCUCCGCGUGAUCCGCAUGUUCAAGGGCGAAUCUGCCGACUCCGAGCCUGAGCUUGCCCCUGGUGCUACUCACAAGGCCGCCAUCACCGAAAUGCUUGCUGAAGACGAAAAGUCCGGUCUUAUGGUCGACGAGGAGGCUCUUCCCCAGUACGAGCCACGCAACUAG